AUGGCCAAAUUCUUGUGGGCAAAGGUGAAGAGGAAGGACCUGGAGGUGGGGCACACCGACUUGGACGACUACUUGUUCGCUUCUCAGUCUAAGAAGAUCAAAACGCUGGAAGAAGAGUCCAUAAUUCCACUGGAAUUUGAACAGCAGCUGCCAAAAGAGCACAUAUACAGUUGCGUGCAGGAAACGAGAGCUGUGAUGGCCGAAAAUAUUCCUGAUUUUGGAUUGAAGGAAAACAGCAAAUUCUCUUUUCAUGAGCCAUUGGAUGCACUGGUGGUUCAGUCUCCACGUUCUUCUGAUGUUUCUUUCAGACUGCACCCAUAUUUGAUUUCUGAUACUAAAAGUCAAUACUUCUUGCCAAGUGAUCCCAACUUGAUGAUAAUGGAGGAGGUUCCCAUGGACAACAAACCAGUUCCAGUGAAGAACCACUUCGAUGUAGUUCCCUCAUUGCCAUCGCAGGCCUUAACCGCUCAUGUGAUAGAGGAUAUUAUGUCAAGAAGCAAUCUGUUAGAGCCAAUGGAAGCUGAAGAAGAACAAGAUGAUUCAAUGGAACUCGAAGAGGACAGAGAGCAACAAUACCAUGUGACAGCACAGCUCUACGCAUCAAAUUCUGUGUUGUGGUCAGGUAACAAGAAACAGGGUUCCUUGCCUCUCCGGUCUUUAUCCUGUUUGGAGAGGGGUUUACUGCAUCAGAAAAGUUGCUGGUGUUGGUCUCUGUUUUUUACAAUCAUUAUUUUGUAAUGUGAUGACAGGCUUUUUCUGAGGAGGACCUCUU